CCAUGCCGGCAUUUCUGCGUUUUUCACUUUUGUUGUUUUGGCCGACCGCGUUGGGUUGCUGUGUUGGUUUUGGAUUGAUUUAUUUUGCAGUUACUUUCAAAACAAUAACAUGGCAUCGGCUGUUGCCCGUAGAAUUGCCCGACCCAUGGUGCAGAUGAUUUCACGGCCCAGCUGUGUUCUUAAGAGCACGUCUGCUCAGACACACCUUCGUUGUCUUGGAGCCGCGCACAGGCCCAUUCUCAGCCCUGCGAAACUGGAAAUCAUUCCAUCGAGGUGCAUGCAAAGCACAGGUGACAAGGAGCUGCUAGAUUUCCUUGCUGAUGAGAUUGUUGCAGAGACAAAGCAAGGCAAGAUGGACAAGCUGCCAUCAAGGAUUGGUGACUUUGACAUCAAGCUGGACCAGGCUGAAGUCACGCUUACAAGGAAGCAUAACAAUGAGACUGUGACAGUGACGCUAAACGUGAACCACUCAGUCGACUCAGACCCCGAGGCCGAGGACCUCUCGGAGACCCAGGGCAGUGAGCAGCUGAAGGCGCGGCCCACCUUCAACGUGGACAUCACCAAGGGCAACCGGACGGUCAGCUUCACGUGCUCGUACACCGAGGGCGGUGUGGUGGAGCAGCAGGGCGAGCAGUACAAGCGUUCGGUAGCGGAGGGCGAGUACCAGUCACUUCCUUACGACGCAGUCACCCCCGGGAGCUGCGGAUGGAGAAACAGGGAUGACACAUUCUCCAUCGAUGAGGUGGUGAUGUUCGAGGGAGAGCACCACGAGAAGAACUUCUCAGUCUCCGGAGAGAUUCUCGAUGGAGUGCUCUACGACCUGCUGAUGAACAUGCUGGAGGAGCGUGGCGUCAGCAACGACUUCGCCGGCAAGCUCUCCGACUUCUGCACCGAGUACGAGCACAAGUGCUACAUUGCCCUGCUCGAGGGCCUGCGCGGGUUCGUCAGCAAGUAGAAGUUCCACAUGUGCUCGCUAGGUGUCGGCCGGCCGCGCCGGUGGUGGCGAUACGCAGUUGCAACGUGCGAUGCGACCACCGAGACUUUCAGUGUAUCCAUCUUGUCAUGAGACGACCAUUGUGUGAGGAGAUUUUCGAGAACAUAUAUACGUCCAGAAUGUU